AUGAAAGAAGUUCUGCGAGUCCAGUUCUGCCCGGGCAGUAUGCCAAUGAUCUCCGGAGGAUGCAGAGAACACUGGAGACACUUUCAGAAAGAGUUGAACAGUUACAACUGGAGGUUCAACGCCAGCGACAAGACACACAGCGUGGCUCAUCAGACUACAGACCUCAUCAGCGAAGCCCUACUCCUGACGGUGGACGAGGCCGCAACCGAUACUAUUCCUCAGACAGAAACAACUAUCCACCUGUUUCCGGGGGGCACUAAUGUAAAAAAGAAUGUGGGUGAAACUUCCGAAGAUGAACCAAAACGAACAUGGCUUAAGAACGUAAACCUAAAAGAGCCCCCCAAACAUCUGUUUGUGUGCUCGUUUCACUUCGUUGACAAGAAGCCAACACAGGAUAACCCGUACCCAACGCUUGUUCUCGGUUACGAGAAGCCACCGGAGAAGAGACGCCGACCCAGGACUCCACAUGUCACAGAUGAGCCUGAUGUGAUGGAGGUUUCUGGGGAGCCAGGCCCUACUUCACAGACCUUCCAUGAUGCCCAAACACAGUGGUCAGACCCAGCAAUGGAGGACCACAUCUACUCCAAAGGACCUACUAUCACAUGUGGGAUUCCGCUACUUGCAUUUAAAACACUUGUGUCUUGCUUGCAACAUUUUUCCCCCAAAUCAUCAACAUUGCCAGCAGAGGACCAAAUCCUGUUGACAUUGAUGAAGCUUAGACAGAACUUUGUUAUUGCGGAUUUAGCAAAACGCUUCAAAAUGUCACCUGGUCAAGUCAGUAAAACACUGAAAUUCUGGAUAGAUGUGAUUGCUGAGCACACCCAGGAUCUCAUUCCAUGGCUGCCUCGUGAAACAAUAAAGGCCACUUUGCCGAAGGCUUUUAUGGACAGUUUUCCAAACACUACAUGCAUAAUUGACUGCACAGAAAGUGUCCUUCAGAAGGCUAAAAAUCUAGACUCACGAACUGAAUCUUACAGUCACUACUAUGCUAGCAAUACUGUCAAGUACCUAGUAGCAACUGCUCCAUCUGGAAUUGUUAUGUACAUUUCAGAAGCUUAUGGUGGCAAAUGUAACGAUAGAUUCAUCACACAGAACUCUGGGUUUCUCGACCAUCUGCGUGCUGGAGAUGAGGUGAUGGGGGACCGUGGCUUCACCAUCAGGGAUUUGCUGGAGGAACGGAACAUUCGUUUGAUCACGCCAGCCUUUACGCGUAAGAAAAGCCAGCUGACAAAUGAGCAGGUCACUCGCACAAGGCGCAUUGCUAAUGUCCGCAUACACAUUGAGCGAGCUAUCAGGCGUCUUAAGGUGUACAAGAUCCUCUCACAAACUGUGCCUAUUCAUUUUGUCACAAAAAUUGACAAAAUACUAAAGAUCUGUGCAGCACUUGUAAAUCUGCGAGGGGAGCUUAUUUCAAGCAAAUAGACACAAUAACAAUAAUUUUGCGGAGCAUACUGAAUGUUCAUAUUCUUUUUGAAUGCAGGAAUUUUUAUGGGUGGCAUGUUUGAGCCACCCAUAAAAAUUGGUUUUAUGAAUUCAGGAGAUCCCUAUAUAAUAUUGCCCAAGGCACUUUAUCAAUUGAAUGGAAAACAUGUUUUUACUCAUGACGACCCAUCGGUGAUCAAUGCCUUGUUUUAAUUAUUUAUUAUUUUUUUUCUAUUGUAUUUUUAAGCUAUGAAUUAUAAUCGGUGAAUCUAGCUGCUACUGUGAAAUAUGAGUGUUUUAUGGUUUGUUUGUUGGAAAAACACUUUUUUCGUCAGUACACUGCUAAUGUGUAAUAACCACUUACUGAAAACGGUCUCGUAUUUUACGAAGAUAGUUCACCAAAACAUGUUUCUGAAAACAUUUUAAGAGAGAAAUAGGCCAUGCAGUUGCUGAAUCUGUCUGUUUUUUGAUCGACAAAGGUCAGUUUAAAAGAUUUUGAGAGCUGCCGAGCCGACUGCUCCUCAAGUGGAGUGCAUGGCUGUAUUAAGAGAACGGUGGAGUGUGGAGUGCUUAAUAUUAACAGUCUAUGGGAGUGCUGCAGGUCACGUCAUGUGUAGAAACGCUAAGUGGAAGAGAAAAAUUCAAAUGACACAAUGUAUUCUUAUAAUUAACUAACAUGUACAAGUUAUUUCAUAUAAUUGAGUUAAUUUACAAAAAUGUAUUUACAAU